CCUCAAGCUCUCUCUUCAUAGCCUUAUCAGCUCUUCGAUUUCCUUCCCAAACUCUCUUCCUCCCCCACUCUCUCUCUCUUCAUGUAGUUUGCUUGUUACCAUCCAAAACCGCAGCAACAUCAGAUUCUGCAGAGCAAAACAACCGAACCACACAAAACAAAAAUGGUGGUCUUGUCCAAAGCAAACUCCGAGAAAUACUCGUACCUACGAAACUCCAAACCAGCACCCACAUUCCUGUCCACCAUCCCUCUCGUAGACCUCUCCAAACCCGAUGCCAAAUCCCUCAUAGUCAAAGCUUGCGAGGACUUUGGUUUCUUCAAGGUCGUCAAUCACGGCGUCCCCGUGGAUGCCAUUUCCAAAUUAGAAUCCGAAGCUGCCAAUUUCUUCUCUCUUCCCCUCCAUGAGAAGCAAAAAGCAGGACCUGCUAAUCCUUUUGGCUACGGUAACAAACACAUCGGACGCAACGGUGACAUCGGUUGGGUCGAAUACCUUCUUCUCACAAUCAAUCAGGAUUACAAUUCCCUCAAACUCUCCUCUCUUUCCGGCAAAGACCCAGAAGUUUUCAGGUCUGCGUUGAAGGACUAUGUCACGGCCGUGAGGAAGAUGGCGUGCGAGAUCCUGGAUUUGAUGGCUGAAGGGUUGAAUAUUCAGCCGAGGAAUGUGCUUAGCAGACUCGUGAUGGAUAAACAGAGUGACUCUGUUUUCAGGCUCAACCAUUACCCUCCCUGCCCUGAGCUAGCCACAAAUGGUGUUGACGAUGAUACUACAGAGAACAAAAUUGGAUUCGGAGAACACACGGACCCACAAAUCAUCGCCCUUCUGAGAUCCAACAACACUUCAGGCCUCCAAAUUUCUCUAAGAGACGGCACUUGGGUUUCUGUCCCUCCCGAUGAAACCUCCUUCUUCGUCAAUGUCGGUGACUCUCUCCAGGUUAUGACGAACGGGAGGUUCAAGAGCGUAAAGCACAGAGUUUUGGCAAACGGGUUCAAAUCCAGACUCUCCAUGAUCUACUUCGGUGGCCCUCCAUUGAACCAGAAGAUAGCUCCUUUGCCUUCUCUCAUAUUGACAGGCAAGGAAAGCUUGUACAAGGAAUUUACGUGGUUCGAGUACAAGAACUCGGCCUAUGGGACGAGACUGGCUGACAACAGGCUCGGCCACUUUGAGAGAAUCGCAGCCUCAUAAUAACAAAAAGAAUCAGAACUAGUUGGGAAGCACUUGUCAACAUAUAUAUAUAUAUAUAUAUAUAUAUGUAAUGUAUGUAGUGGGUUUUUCUUUUUUGUUAAAUGUUUUCUUCUGGAACUUCAAAGUUCACUGUGGAGUAGUCAAAACGAGUCAGAUAGAUAGAAUAGUAAUGUUUUGAAUUUCGUUCUUUUCGGGUUCAUACUCAUCUCUGAACCUUUUUGCAGUCAAUGACACCCUGUUUUCAAUUUAGGCUAGUUCGAUAGUCAGGAAUGACAAGAAAGAAAUAAAAAAGUGCUUAAAAAAAUAUGUUAUGUAAUGUUAGUGCGUGAUUUAAAA